AUCAUGCCAUCUUCUGAACAUAAAAUGACAAGAAGUGAGUCGCUACUAUCUUCCUAAACAGAAGGGGGUCUUCGCAUUCAAAAUGGCCAUCUCGCUACUGGCGACGCUCGCCGUCAUUGGAAUAAAAGCCCUCGGGACGGAUGCUGACGACGCACUCCUCUUGCCGCUUCGCGCGCAUGCCUCGUUCCCUUUCAACUCACCCGACAGGCCCAUAGUGCACUUUCCGCUCGCCCCCGUCCACAAUUGCACCGCACUGUUGCUAAGCGACGACCGCCUUUACGUGGGUGCACAGGACGCCGUGCUCUCAUUGGACGUGACCGAAGGUGACGACAUCACGCUGAGGAGCAAUGUAACCUGGCAACCGUCGGAGUCGGAUGUGGCUGAGUGCGAAAGAAAAGGGAAAAACGCCACGGCCGACUGUGGAAACUUCGUGGCGGUGUUGCAGCUCCUGAACGCCUCGCACCUGUACGCCUGCGGUAGUUUCGCUUUCAACCCGCAUGACUCCUUCUUGGACGCCGACACCCUGGCCAUGACCUCCCCGCAGGUCAGCAGAGGUCGCUGCCCCUUCAACCCGUUCCAGAGAAGCGCCGCCCUGGCUGCCGACGGCGAGCUGUUCACCGCCACCACAAAGGACUUUUGGGGGAACAGUCCGCUCAUUGCGCGCCAUUUCAGCAAAGACGGACACCCGGACGUCACCCAGGAGUCAUCACCUUUUCUGCUGGAAGAGCCGAACUUUGUGGGCACUGCGCUGGAUGCCGUCCAAAGAAAAGUCUUCUUCUUCUUCAGCGAGGUGGCCAAGGAGUUUAACGUCCAGGAGGAGAUGCGUGUGGCACGUGUGGUUAGCGUUUGCCAGGACGACGUGGGCGGUUCCCAGAUCCUCCAGAAGAAGUGGACAUCACUAGUGAAAACAACUCUGAGCUGCCUGUCGCCCUUCAACGUCCUGAUAGACGUCUUCACCCUGCCACCAAUUGAGGGCGAAGACCCCACCGGCACGCUCUUCUAUGCCAUUUUUGUCUCGCAGUGGUACGGAAACUUCUCGAAGAACUCGCCUCAAAUUUUCCUCACUGCCUGGUCCUCUUCUAGGUCUUUUCGGCCCGAGUCAGUGGUUUGCUCAUUCAGGUUGGCGUCCAUCAGGGAAGUGUUUGCCGGGCCCUACAGAACUUUCGACGCCAAAACGGACCAGUGGAACCCCUUGCUGACCAGGAGACCCUUUGGUCAGUGCGAUCUGGACUCCGCGUCGCACGACAAAUUAGAGGAAGUGAAACGGACUUUCCUGACGGGCGGACGCGUGGCUCCAGACCAGGGAGGUCCCCUGUUGGUCUCCGCCCACCAACGCUACAGUCGGAUGGCGGUCAUGAGAGUACGGGGAUCUGACAAGCGAAGCUACCAGGUUCUUUUCCUUCUCACAGAAAAUGGACUCCUGCACAAAGUGUUUCUUUCCGCGCGGGGUCCGCGGCUUAUCGAGGAGAUUAAGGUGUUGGAGCGCGGCGAACGCGUUACGGCCUUCGUGCUGUCGGCCUCUAAGGGCAUGAUGUUCGUCGGCUCCUGGAGCGCGGUCACUGCCGUCCCCGUGGCUCGGUGCUCUGCCUAUACAACGUGCGGGCGUUGCCUAAUAUCCAGAGACCCUUUUUGCGGGUGGAGUCAAAGCGGGAAGCGGUGUGUUCAGUUGGAACAUCAAAAACCCCAAGACACGGAAGAGGAAGAACAAACGUUUCAACUUCUGGAGGGUGGUGAUGUGCUGAAGGUAUGCGGUGGAGAAGGCAGAUCACCUUUUGUCAAAAAAGUGGUAGCGAGCGCCAACGAAGUCGUCAAGCUUGCCUGCUACAAACCUUGGGAGUCAUCGACGUUGACGUGGACUUGCUCUCGAUUCCCCGUUCUUCCAAGGAAUCUCUUCAUUCAAUCGGAUGAUGGCAGCCUGACCUUCAUAGCCAGUGAAAACACUUCGGGCGAGUACCGCUGUAAGGCAGAGGAAAACGGUUACACGGAAGCGGUGGCUAGCUACGACGUCAUCCCGGCGAGCGGACCGCGUUCCAUGCGACCCGGAGCGCAGGUUGACGAGCCCAUCUGGGUGGAGCCCUCUUCUCCGCCGGGGGCGCAUUGUGAAAGGCGGGGAUACCACGGCGCUUUGGUGGGCUUGGCUGUCUGCGCCUGUUUCCUGUUAGCGGCGGUUAGCAUGGUAUGUAUUGGAAGAAAGCUCAAGGCUCGCCACGUGAGUCCGUUCUACGCUAAGGUUGAUAAACAGAAGGGGGGAGUUCCGGAAAUGGGGGUGGAGCUAAGGCAAGAACCUGAAAAGCAACACCUGACUGACACACCAGCUUAGCUUAGCAACAUUAGCAUGGUGAAGCACAUCUUGGAAUGUUUUUUAGUCAUUAAAUUAGUUAUGAUUAUUAUUAAAUGAAAUGUUGAUUUGUAAUUUUUCAAACUUUUAUAAGAUAUGAUACUCAGGGUUUUGGGAAUGGAAGUCUAGCGCCGUCAGUGGCAGGAGUAAGUAAUAUAUUACGAUAUUUACAACCAGAAUUGUCUUUUUUUUUUUACAUAAUAAAACAAUGUAUUGUCAUGAUUCGCUUUUAUUUUUUAAUCAUUUGGUACAAAACAAAUCUGUGACUUUUCAAAAUAUAAACAAAAUAAAUUUUGUUAUAGUUUGUUAUCAACAAACGUGCACAUCUGACCUAAUUUUAAUAUUUUAAGACAUCUGAAUUUCGUUGAUUUAAGCGUUAACCCUUUUGAUGCCUGAAUGGCCAUUUAACAUGGAUUUUUGCCAUGUGGCAAAAUGGAUUUUGCCAUGUGGAAUUUUUUUUUUUUUUUGCCAUGCGGCAAAAUGGAUUUUUCCAAGUGGCAUUUUUUUGCCAUGUGGCAAAAUUGAUUUUGCCAUAUGGCAUUUUAUUUGCCAUGUGGCAAUAUGUAUUUUGAUAUGUGCCAUUUGUUUGGGUAUGUGGCAAAAUAGAUUUUGGUUUGUGGCUUUAUUUUUUUUUCUAUGUGGCAUUUUUGCAGGCCAUUCCAUUGGCGGCUAUGCACGUCCAAACUUUCCAUUCAUUUUAAAUGGCAGAAAAACGUGUGGCUGUGAUUUUUGAUCGUACACUUACCAUUACAAUGCAUUGACUUUCAACUGGCACCCAAGUCAGGCUAUGCCAUUGACGGCUAUGCACGUCCAAAUUUCCCAUUCAUAUUAAAUUGCAGAAAAACUUGUGGUUGUGAUUUUUGACCAAACACUUACCAUUACAGCGCAUUGACAUGCAAUUGGCACCCAAAUCAGGCUAUGUGCUGUAAUGGUCAAAAAUCAUG